AUGUCCGAAUCAAAAGAAGGUCCUGCAGCUCCCGACGGACGCAUCAACACCUCCAAUGGAAGGGAAUACUGGCAACGCGCGCAGGUAAAUGUCAACGGAAUGCUCGGGGGCAUCCCCGCGCACGGCGGCUUCUCCUCCAUCAGCCGCAUCGACCUCCAAGGAUCACGAACCUUCCUAGCAAGAUUCGGCAUCGGCACAAAGCACGACCGCCGCACGCUCACCAGCACGCUCGAGGGCGGAGCAGGGAUCGGCAGAGUGACAGAGGGCCUGCUCCUCCGCGUCUCCGAGCACGUCGACGUCGUCGAGCCCAUUGCCAAGUUCACCGCCGCGCUUCAGGGCAAGCCCGGCGUGCGCGCCAUCUCCAACGUCGGCCUCGAGGAGUGGCAGCCCGCCGCGGGCCAAGAGUACGACCUCGUCUGGGCGCAGUGGUGCCUGGGCCACCUGACAGACGAGCAGCUGGUGCGGUUUCUCGCGCUCUGCAAGACCGUCUUGACGCCCGCCACCGGCCUGAUUGUCGUCAAGGAGAACCUGAGCACGAGCGCGACAGACGUUUUCGACAGCACCGACAGCAGCGUCACGAGGUUGGAUAGCAGCUUUUGCAGAAUCUUUGAGGAGGCGGGCCUGGUGGUUGUCAGGACCGAGCUUCAGAGAGGGCUGCCGGAGCGUCCGCCCCAAAGACUGCUCCCUGUGCGAAUGUACGCCCUGCGGCCGAGAGACUGGCCUGCCUCGUAG